UCCUCUGGGCGCCCAGACCACAGGGACCCGAGCAGACAGCACAGUGACCUGGGAGCCGAGUCUGCAGAUCUGAGCCUGCAGGUAGCAGCCUGAGUCCCAGCUGGGGGUGGAGGGGAACUGCCCACGGGAUGGAGCCCCAGGAUGAAUGAGGCCAAGGUGAAGAAGAGGAGGCUUCUUGCAGGCAUGUCCAAGAGGAGAGGGGAGGCCCAGUCCUGAGAGAAAACACUGUGUGUCUGUCCAUCCUGCCGCUCUCAGAGGGCCCUCUGUGCUCAGAGGAGGACACGCCAUGACCCCCACCCUCACAGCCCUGCUCUGCCUGGGGCUGAGUGUGGGGCCCAGGAUCUGCGUGCAGGCAGGAACCCUCUCCAAACCCACCCUCUGGGCUGAGCCAGGCCCUGUGAUCCCCUGGGGGAGCCCUGUGACCCUCUGGUGUCUGGGGACCCUGGGGGCCCAGGAGUUUGCUCUCUAUAAGGAGGGAAGUUCAGAGUCCUGGAGCACACGGGGUACACUGGAGUCCGGGGACAAGGCCAAUUUCUCCAUUACGCACACAGAGGAGAAGCAUGCAGGCAGAUACCUCUGUCACUAUCUCAGCCCCACUGGCUGGGCGGAGCCCAGUGACCCCCUGGAGCUGGUGGUGGUGGCAGGACACUACUACACACCCUCCCUGUCAGCCCUGCCGAGCCCUGUCGUGACCUUAGGAGGGACCAUGACCCUCCAGUGUGCCUCAGAUCAGGGAUUUGACAGGUUGGUUCUGAAUCGGGAAGAAGACAACUCCUCCUGGACCCUGAAUACACAGCAACAGCCCAGUGGGCAGAUCCAGGCCCUGUUCCGUGUGGGCCCUGUGUCCCUCAGCCACAGGGAGACGUUCAGAUGUCAUGGAUAUUACAGUGACAGACCCCAGGUGUGGUCACCCCCCAGUGAGCCUUUGCAGCUCCCGGUCUCAGGAGCAGCUGAUCCCCCCAGUCCCAUAUGGACCAAGCCCAGCUCUGAGAAUGAUGAGGAGGUCUCUCCCCUUGAAGACCACACUGCUGUGUCCACAGUGGCAGCCCCUCAGCCCCAGGACCACAGGGUGGAGAACGUGAUCCGGAUGGGCGUGGCUGCCCUGGUGCUGCUGGCCCUCGGGGUCCUGCUGUGGGAGGCUCGGCACAGCCAGAGGAGCACUCAGGGUGCCACCACCACUGGCAGGAGGGACCCCUGGGGGGCCCAGGUGCCAUCCUGA